AGAAAACCCGGAAACACUUCAGAUGUGCAUCAAUUCCGGGUUUCCCAUUGCAGGCACACCUGUUUGUUGGAUUCAGUGAAUUUACAUCAACCCCUGCUCCCCAGUCCGCGCGGCGCGGGUCACUUUGGAUUCGCUGGUUCGCUUUCAACCUCUCUGGUUCGAGUCGUCCACACGACAAGAAAUCUAAACCACUGGAGCUCUCGAAGCACUGGAAGUUGGAUUAGAAACGCGCGGUUCACAGCAGCAUGUCGACAGCUCUGAGCAAGCGCCAGCAGGCGCGCAAUGAAAAAGUCCUGCAGGAUCUCCUCCACAAUGUGCCUGGAAACAACUUUUGCGCCGAUUGUCAAGCACGAAAUCCAGCUUGGGCAUCAUGGAGCUUGGGUAUCUUCCUUUGCAUGCGGUGCGCCACUAUCCACCGCAAGUUGGGCACCCACGUGUCCAAGGUGAAAUCGCUGAGCAUGGACAGCUGGACCAACGAGCAAGUCGAUAACAUGAGAAAAGUCGGCAACGUUGUGUCGAACAAGAUUUACAACCCGGAAAACAAGAAACCGUCUAUUCCUGUAGACGCCGACGAAGCCGAUAGCGCUAUGGAACGAUUUAUCCGCCAAAAGUACAUGAGCCGCACAUUGACGGCAAACAAAAGGCCUAGCACAGGAGGGAGCGACUCUGAUACUCCGCCGCCGCUUCCCCCCAAGACACCAAGCCGAUUCGGUCUGCGGUCCGCCUCCUCAAUAUUUCCGCUCGGUUCCAAGGGCAGAAAGACAGCCGGUAGCCAGGAACCGAGCAGCCCGCGAGAUGGGCAAAGUCGGCAGUCUCCCCGGAGCAGCCAGGCCCCGGUAUUCGGGGCCAGUAUUCAGCAGAACCGCACGGGUGGGGAUGACACGGAGCGAAAGCUUGCCAAAUUGCGGGACAUGGGCUUCAACGAUGACAAUAGGAAUACCAUGGUGUUGAAAGGGGUAGGAGGGAAUCUGGAGAAAGCGAUCGAGGCGCUGGUCCGACUGGGCGAAGGGGAUGGAAGAUCCAUUACGCAUCCAGGCCCGGCCAGGGCUGCGACGAUGCCUGUAACAAGGAGCUUGACACCAACAACCGCUACCUCAAGCUCCGAUGCAUCCCACGGACGACCCAUAAGUCCAGCAAGCACGAAUCCCUUCGAUAUGCUUGACACGCCGCCGCCGCCGCAGCCUCUCUCGUCACAGUCGACUGGCACGUUACAGACGAAAAAUCCCUAUCUAUCCACGAACCCGUUCGGCGCGCCGCAGCAAACUCCGUCGGCUCUUGACCUAGCCUUUCAGAACAUGUCGCUAGCACCGGCAUCGCAGCCGCUGUUUCCUCAUCACACGGGAGGGCUUGCCCAGCAGCAGAGCCCUCAGCCAUUGUAUCAGCAGCAGCCGAUGAACGGAUCGAUGAACGGACCAUUGACAGCGCCGUUAACAGCUCCGCUCAUGUCUACAACGCCAGGCUACUUUCCAGCAGCGGUAAACGGCAACCACACGUAUCCCCAAUCCGCGCAUCCAACCAUGGCCAGCUACAACCCCUUCUUCCCACCUCAGGCGACGCAACAGCCUCUGUCAGUGAAUACGGCCCAGUUUAGCGGCAACAUGAGCAACAAUCCGUUCACGCGGUCACCGACAAGGAUCCAGUCACCAACCCUCUCGCAAAUACCGGAGCAAGCACAGCAAAACUUUUACUCGCAACCAGCUCAGCCGCACACGAGCAAUCCUUUCCUCAACCAAAUGGCAUCUGCUGGGCAACAGCUACCAGGGCAGAUGCAGAUGCAAAUGCCUCAACAAAUGGGUGUCGUACCGCAAAUGACGGGUUACACAGCGCAGCCGCAGCGACCAGAUAAAGCGUCAAUAUUGGCAUUGUACAACUACCCGCAACUAGCCCCGAACCCAUCGCCUUUCCCAAGCCAGGACGCUGGCGAGACCACCCCCGCCCAGACGCCCAAUUCGCUCUUCCCACCGCAGACGUUCCCGCAGGCUCAGCAAUCACAGCAGCAGCAGCCUCAGGCGCAGCCAUCGCCGGUUAGCCCAUCGGUGGGCAGCAGAAAUCCGUUUGUGGGAACCGGGGCGGGUCGGACGGGGUUGUCGACCGGGUCAACGCAGCCAGCGCAGGCCAUGGACGCGGCGCCGAAGCACAACGUCAGCCGAGAGAGCAUGCUGGCUGUGGGCCUGGAGUGGUCCAGUGGGCGGCACUCCCCGGACGCGUUUGCGAGUUUGAGCGCCAGGGAUACACGUUGAAACGGGUUUGAGUGGUGUUACUGGGUAUGGGUGUAUGCAAUGUUGAAUUGUUUUAUGUGAUCAUGUCUGGUUCAUGGGGGUUGUAGGCAGGACACUCUUGUACCUAAUUUAUGAUGGCAUCGUCAGGCUGUAGUGUAUUAUACGGGCAUUGUGGGGACAAUACCUGGUUAACUGGACGCGGACAUCAUUGCCCAGGGACGUAAGAGCCCGUUCCUUUCUGGCCUGUCCGCAGACUCCAGGGAAGGCAACUAUUCUUCGGUGCAGCACCGCUGACUGUACGAUGGCUGGGAUGGCUGCCUUAUACUGGAUGUAACCUAACUCGGGGUACUGUAGCUACUGUAUGUACAGGGGCGUGGAUUGAGAAAAGGUAUGCUUCCAUGGUCACGUUAUA